AUGGUGGGAACCGAGGAGAAAGGACUGCAGAGUUGCAGGCGGCCUUGUGUUAAAUCUCUUGCACCGCUCAAAUGGAAGGACAAGCUACGAGAGAAUUGCUUCAAAAGGGUUCGCGAAGACCGAAAUCGCUUGCUUUGGAAAUUGAGAUUGUCCCAAGCUAAGUUUUCUAAUCAAGAGGAUUUCAUCAAAUCAACCCUUCAGGAUAUAGUUUCCGAUGAAUUACAAAAAAUUAAGGAAGCAUCUCCUGAUGGAAGUUUAUCCCCCUCGUUAAAUAUAUCCACCGAUGAUAUGAUUUGGGAGUAUGAUGGUCUUCACACAGCUUGUCAAGGUGACUGCGAGGAAAUUUUGUUGGAAAUGCAAAGAAUAUUUUAUGAGGAUCUAAAGACAAAGGAGAGCAGAAAAGAGCCAGAUUUUAUCAUAACGUGGGAGGAUGAGGAAGAUGAGUACUUGUCUCAGUUAGUGUAUAAUCACAUGCUACUCAAUAGUGAUCAGAUUAAGGAGGAGGUUUGGUGUCCCAUCUGCAAACAGGGAAAGUUACUGGAGAAUGGUCACCAUAUUUACUGCAUUAAUAGUGUGUUCUCCGGAUCUCAGGUUGAUUUGAAUCAGUUACGGGUGAGGCUGGGUGAAGCCCAUUCAGAGCAUUUCGAUAGAGGAUGCAAGUUGAGACCUGAGUUCUGUGUCGAGACUAAAUUUGGACUCACUGCACUGUACAUUAAAUGCCAAGGUUGCAAUACUUUUGAGAUCAUAUUAUAG